AUCUGAACUGCUGAUUUCUCCGGAUGUUUAUAAAUGAAGGACUGGAGACUGUAGAGUUAAGGAAACAAAAACGUUGGCCAUAAGAACUAAGCGCCAACAAUGAAGACCAACCUCAUCUAUUUAGUACUUGUAACUUUAAGCAUAACAGAAGUAACCAAAGCCAAACUAUGCGACAUUCCAGUUCCAAAACCAUUGCAAGAAUGUUAUGAACGUGUGAAGUCUUUCAGUGUGGACCGCUACGUAGGUAGUUUGUAUAGUUGGCUCUGUGAGCAUACCUUAAUUAACUCAACUAGAACUGAGGAGCCUAUCGAUCCAGAGACGGCCAGUUAUAUUCAAGGACUCUUGGAGUCAGCUCUUCCAUCAAGCUCCAGAAACCAAGGCAAGAGAUACCGAGAUAAACGACAAGCUACCCAGCCUCCAUGUACUAGGAAAGAGUAUCGCAUGUUAACAUUGGCUGAAAGAAACAGAUUCCAUAACGCCAUCAACACACUCAAGAGAGAUACUAGUGUAAGGCCAAACGCAUACGACGCCAUUGCAAAUAUUCACACCGGAACCACGAAUUUGAUAGCUCACAAUGGACCAGGAUUCCUGGGUUGGCACAGAGUAUAUCUUCUCAUGUACGAAAAUGCUCUCCGACGUGUUGACCCAACAGUGUGUAUUCCAUACUGGGACUCGACCCUGGACAACCAGCUCACCAAUCCGCUGGCCUCCUCCAUUUGGUCUCCGGAAUUUCUUGGAACUUCUAACGGCGCAGUAACAACCGGUCCGUUUGCUAACUGGCGUCGGCCAAACGGUGCUCAGCUAAUUAGGAACGUAGGGGCCGACGGUGACCUGCUGAGCACCACAGUGGUCAAUGAUGUUCUGUCAAGACCAAGGUACGAGGAUAUUGUAGUCUCUAAUGCGCCUUUCGACCCUCAAUUCAAUCUGGAGGUCCAACACGGUUCUGUUCACAUCUACGUGGGCGGGACCAUGAGCUUGCUUAACACCGCUGCAUUUGAUCCGACAUUCUUUCUGCAUCACGCCUACAUAGACUUUUGGUUUGAGAGAAUGAGGAAUAACCUGAGAGCCAGGGGCAUUAACCCAGCUAUAUACCCUAAUGUGCCAACUAACGCACGACAUGUAGCCAAUGCAACGACAGGUUUUACUGGCUACCGGCAAGUGGACGGCUACUCUGAGACCCUAGCUAGACGAGCUGUUUAUGAACCAGUUCCAACAUGUUCCGUAACGUCCCCUGCUUGUGGCAACAGGUUCCUGGUAUGCCAGUUAAGUUCAGGCCGAUGUGUUCCACCAGUUCGUACGACUAUAGGGAAACGAUCAGCCGAUAUCGAGAGCAGUGAAGACACUUGCAGCAAGCCCCGAAACUUCGAUCUACCUUACCAGAACGACUUCUGCGUCGGGGAGUGGUGUGACUUUGACGAGUGGGCCAUCAUCCCAGUGAAGAUUGUUCACGUCAGGCCGCCCAAGUUUAAAACCUAUAACAGCUACCCAGUCAUCUCAAACACAGUGGACCAGAGACUAGAUAUUUACUCUCCCAAAGCUUACAAUGAAACAAGACGGUUUAUUAGCAAUCGACAAGGGAAUCCACUCACUUACAGCCGAUGUAACCGAGACAUGUCAGUGGGUCAGAUUUAUCUCUACUCUCACGGUUUAAACUAUCCAGGAUUUUACAAGGAGUCAACUAUUAUUGAUCAAAAACUUCCAGUUUCCGUGACUAUAGGAUAUGUAGGCGUCAAAAGACCGGCACCUGGAGAAGAACUCAGCAAGGCCUUACUGAGAGCCCACGACUCCUGUGGUCGAGUAUGUCACGCGGCCUGUAGAGACCCAGACACCAACGAGUUCAAAGCCUGCUCGGGAGCAGUGGCCGUAAGCGAAGAGCAUCCGCUCUUGUUUGGAAACGAUUUUGAUGAAGCUGUCUUGAGUGUCUUUGACUACGAUUUCAACAAAGAUUGCCCCAAAGUGCAGACAGAUAAUUUUUAUAUCACCUUUUAUUGUGACUAUCCAAACAAAUUUCCGUUCGCUCAUCCCGACCCCCAAGAAAUGUAGCUGUCCGGGCACUGGAAUGAUGUUUGGUGAAUGUAUUGUCUUGAGGUCUGCGAAAGCAUAAUGAGUAAUUGUUGAAACAUCAUUAAAUGUUGAAAUAUUCAGGCAUAAUAAAGUCCGGAGUUUUGGUGUGAUCUA